UGUGUAUCUCAGGAAGCCUCGUUGGUUUACUGGGUAUUAAGUUGAACCUCUGGAAACUUCGCUGUAACUUUACCUUCUCUACUAUGCCAUGCGUUAACUUUUUUUGUGAUUGAGCUGCUGGGCUAAAAGUUGAAGGUGGAAGUGUUAUGCGCGCCAAAUAGAUUUCAAAAUGAUGUCACGCAACGAACUACACGUUGAUUGGCUCUCACCAUUCUGUUCUCAUCCACUGAGGCACGGAGUAGCACCGCGCUGGUGUGGCAUAAUAAGACAUGCCUUUCCACCGCAUAGCAUUUGAGUAUUCAGACGAAUUCUCAACACUUACUGAGAAAAUGAGCGGUAGAGGCAAAACCGGCGGCAAGGCCAGAGCAAAGGCCAAGACUCGUUCAUCCAGGGCUGGACUUCAGUUCCCCGUGGGCCGUGUGCAUAGGCUGCUGCGUAAAGGCAACUAUGCUCAGCGUGUCGGCGCUGGUGCACCGGUCUAUUUGGCUGCUGUGCUCGAGUACCUGACUGCUGAGAUUCUGGAGUUGGCCGGCAACGCUGCCCGUGACAACAAGAAGACUCGUAUCAUUCCCCGCCAUCUGCAGUUGGCUGUGCGUAACGACGAGGAGUUGAACAAACUGCUCGGCGGAGUGACCAUCGCUCAGGGUGGUGUGCUGCCCAACAUCCAGGCUGUACUGCUGCCCAAGAAGACUGAGAAGUCCAAGUAAACCUGCUCCUAAGUCUCCGAAACAAAGGCUCUUUUAAGAGCCACCCAAAUACCCAUAAAAAAAAAAUAAUUCCAAGCUACCUUCGCCAUUAACGUGUUUUCUGUAAC